AAUAUGGCGGCGGUCGACGGGAGCCUGCGCUUGGCGCUGGCCGCCCUGUGGGCCCUGGCGUCCGGGCAGCCGGACGGGGGCGAGGUCGAGGUGCGGGGGGUCCGGCUGGAGGGCGGCGGCAGUAGUGGCGAAGGCGGAGGCCCGGUGCGGAUGGCGGGUGGCGCUAUCGAAGCCGGCGCUGGGGCCCGUUUCCAGCUGAGGGUGUUCGGCCGGCGCCUGGUGGCCGAGAGCUGGCCCUGGUUGGCCUACAGCCCCGAGCCCGAGUGCGGCAGCGGCAGCCUGGAGACGGCCUGGCUGGACCUGGGGGAUAACCAGACGGACGGCUCGGUGUUGGUGAGCGUCCGGGCCGGCCUGCGGGGGAGGCGUUACUACCUGUGCGCCCUGGUGCACCGGGAGAGGGGCCUGUGGCAGCCCCCUGGAGGCUGGGAGACCCCGUUGGACAUCCGGCCUCCGCCGUCCCCGCUGUCGGUGUGGGGCCAGGUGCUGGCGCUGGCCGUCCUGCUGCUCGCCUCGGCGCUUCUCAACCUGCUGCGCCUCAGCGUGCUGUGGCUGGAGCCCCUGGAGCUGCACAUCAUCCGCCACUGCGGCACCGAGGCGGAGAAGCGGCGAGCCGAGUCGCUAGAGCCCCUGAGGCGGCGGGGGAACCUGGUGCUCUGCUCCCUGGUGCUGGGCAACGUGCUCGCCAGCUCGUGCCUGGCAGUGCUGCUCCACCAUGCAGUGGGCACUGUCCUGCCGGCCGUGCUGGCCUGUGCCGGCCUGCUCUUCCUCCUGGGUGAAGUGGUGCCCUAUGCCAUCUGCUCGCGGUACGGCUUCACCGUGGCCUCCCAUGCUACCUGGCUGACCCGCCUGCUGGUGGUGCUGGCAUCGCCGCUGGUCCUUCCCGUCGCCCUGCUACUGGACUGCGCCCUGCGCCAGGACGUCAGCACCUGCUACGUCCGUGAGAAGAUCCUGGACAUGUUGCGCUCCACCGACCCCUACAGCGAAUUUGUCAAGGAGGAGUUCAGCCGUGGUACACUGAGGACCAAAGUCGUGGAGGACAUCAUGACCAGCCUGAAGGACUGUUUCAUGCUCAGUGCUGAAGCUGUGCUGGACUUCAACACCAUGUCUGAAAUCAUGCAGUGUGGCUACACCAGGAUCCCAGUCUAUGAGGGGGAGAUAUCCAACAUUGUGGACAUUGUCUACGUGAAAGACUUGGCCAUGGUCGACCCUGAGGACUGCACUCCUUUGAAUACCAUCAUCAAAUUCUACAACCACCCCCUGCAUUUUGUGUUCAAUGACACCAAGUUGGAUGCUGUCCUGGAAGAGUUUAAGAAAGGCAAAUCUCAUAUGGCAAUGGUUCAGAAGGUGAACAACGAAGGCGAUGGUGAUCCCUUCUACGAGGUGCUUGGUUUAGUGACCCUUGGGGAUGUCAUCGAAGAAAUAAUCAAAUCUGAGAUCCUCGACGAAUCAGAUAAUACGCAGGUCAAGGUGAAGAAAAAGCCUGCUCCCAUCAGCACUUCUGUUGAGCGCAAGAAGGAAGAAGUCUCAUUUUUUAAGGUGCCUGAUAUCGAUCUAAAGGGAAAGAUUUCACCCCAGCUUUUACUAGCAACUCAGCGCUUCUUAUCCAGAGAAGUGGAAUUGUUCAGCCCCUCGCGGGUCUCUGAGAGCGUUCUUCUCCAUCUACUCAAGCAUCCCAGUGUCAACCAGGAGGUGAAAUUCAACGAAAAUCACAAGAUGGCCCCAGAACAUUACCUGUACCAGCGGAAUCAGCCAGUUGACUACUUUAUUCUGGUGCUGCAGGGGCGAGUGGAGGUGGAGAUAGGCAAAGAGGGUUUGAAGUUUGAAAAUGGAGCCUUUACCUAUUACGGUGUCUCCGCACUGACUGCCCCAUCCUCUGUUCAUCAGUCACCAGCCACCAAUGUGAAGUGGAGUCGGCGAGACCCGUUCUCCAAGGACCUCCUGGAAUCUGGGGAGAAUGCAAACUUUUCCAUGUACUGCCCUGAUUACACUGUGAGAGCACUAAAUGACCUUCAAGUUCUGAAGGUUACUCGGCUGCAGUAUUUAAAUGCGAUUAUGGCCUCGAGAAUACACAGUUCUUCACUGUCGCCAGAUACAUUUGAGCUGAAAGUGAUUCCCAGCAGUCAAGCGAAUUUGCUCAAAGAUCAAAACUCCUCCAGAAGUACCAGCAGACGUAAACCACAAAGCGAAGAAGACAGUCCAGAGAGGGAUGAUGGUGUCUAACCUAAGAGAAUAUGCGAGGGUAUUUGACUUCUGUGUCCAAAGCCACACCACUUCAGUAAGCUGCGAAUGUACCGUGCUAGUGCCUGGCUGGAGCUAUGGCCAUCCAUUUGCUGGACAAACUGUAAUUUGUUGCAAAGUGGGUUUGGGAUGGGUUGGAGAAAGGACUCUCUUAUUUUUGUAGACUUUGUGCAUCAUGAAAAGACGGUGGCAUUUAUAAUGCUAAGACAACUAACCGUGACUAAUUCCUCAGAUAGAACUCUUUCUGUGAUUUUUAGACUUGGAAGGAUUACAGUAUAAGAGACAAAAAGGUUUACAUCACUUUUCUCCCGUAGACGAUGAGGUCUAAAGCAGUUACUUGAAGACUACGGAAUGCAGAUGUGUUUGAGCAAUAUUGAAUGUGAAUAUACCACAGUUCUUUUGUUUUUAACCCCCACACUAAGAGGAAUACUAUUUAUAGUAAAACCCUGGUUCAUGAAUUCUCUCUUGAGUUUCUGGUUGCUUGCAAGUCUCUCUGUCCAUGCAAAGUCUUCAUUUAAGAAGUAAAGAAAGUCUUUCAUUUCUGCAGGGAUUUUUACUAUCUCAGGAUAUGUGAAAGUGCUUUACACCUAUCAAAGUGCUUUUGAAGCAUUGUCACUGGUGUAAUGCUGGAACGCAGCAGACCCGUUCUCACUCAGCAAGAUCCUACAAGCCGUAAUGUGCGAAGGACUGGAUAAUCUGCUUUAAAGUUGUUUGGGCAAUAAUUGUAGAGUUUCAGCUGCGAGUGGAAAGGCGGGGAUUAUUCUCCCUUUUGUUUUUGAAGUGCUGCUGAGAGAUCUUUGACAUCCCACCUGAGAGAACAGGAGCAGCAGUAAUUGUUUCAUUCAAAAGCUAGAAUAUCCAAAUUUGAAGCUCUGCCCGCAGUACUGCAAUGGCUUGUCAGCCUGGAUCAUUGUGUAGUUUGUGAUCUGUGGUUACCUGAUCAAAUUUUAAUAACGUGGAUUGAACUGCAAGUGGCCAACAGACGCUUAUGGACUCCUCAACUCUGCUAAUCUUAGGAACGAUAGAUAUUAUUGAGCUAAGGAUGGAGAGCUUUGUCCUUUGUCGUCAGGUGAUGCUCCCUUCAGGAUUGCUCAGAGUGGAUUCUUACACGAAGUACAAAGGGGGGACCGAGUACCAAAAGAACCAAUGCAUUCAGGGAACCAGAUGGGAAAAUGUUUUAGCAAUCAGUUUUGAGACGCUAAGAUUUCUGCACAAUCCUUGCAGGAGAGGCCGUUUACUGUUGACCAGGCAGUAUACAUGUGCCAACUAGUGCUUUCAUAUUGAAUCACCUUCUGCCUAGAACCUAAUGCCUCAUUCAGUUGGUUUGAAAUUCUUCACGCUUACCAAUGAAUUAUUGAGCGACAAAGAGAUAAAGAAAGGUCAAGAAUGAGCGUUGUCUUUGGGCCACGGAUUCAUUCCAUUCUGUAAUCGGGAACUGGGCUGUUUCUUGUAUUCUUUUUGGAUGGAGCUGAAAGAUAAGCACACGUUAUCCCUUAUGGAGCACUCUUUUGAAAAUUACUAGUUGCCUUCAACCUUCUUUUGGCUAGACUCCCUGCUCCAAGCCCUCUGAGUCUUCAUUCAUCUUAGGUCUGACUGUGGGUUGGUGCAAGCCUUCAGAGAUGGCAUUGUUCUCGGCAUUGCUGGUAUCUGGAAAGGGAAGGUGAAUAAACCUAGAGGCUCCCCUAGGAAGGAAGAAGAUUGCAUUUAAAUAGUCACCUCAAAGGCACCUCAAAAAGCUUCAUGGGCUGUGAGAUACCUUUGAAGUGUAGUCGCUGUUCCGUAUGCAGAAAUAUCUGGCAAAAACAUGAAGUGACAAUGAACAUACUUUUUUGAGGGAUAAAACUUGACCUGGACAUGAGAGAGAGAGCUCCCAGAUCUUCAGAACUACACCAAAGAUGUUUUACAUCAACUUGAGAUUGGAUGGGUGCCUCAGUUUGGCGACAGCUGCAAAGGUGCAGUGCUUCUUUCUUGCUGUAUUGAAGUAUUGUUUGAAAUCAUCAGGCUUGAGUCUCGAGAUUGGAACAUGAACUGACAAGCUAUCGAAAUUUGCAUUCCCUAUUCCAUUAUAUAGAGAGCAUGUGACACGAUGCUGUUGGAGUGAGUGUUUUCAUCAAAUACUGAAUCCUGAGCUGUCUGUCGUUGGAAAGAAGAUCCUGUAACUACUCAGCUUUACGUAUUUGGACUUCAGGGCACCUAGUUUGCAUUUCUGAAUACUACAGCAUAUUGAUCCAUCACUUGGAGAAGCCAAUGAAAGCACACUGCUGUUCUGCAGUUAAAGUCGGGCUUGAAUUGUACUUGUGCCACACCAUUGCCAUUGCUGAACCCUCUCAAAUAUUGGCCUGUGAGUUACCAUUGACCAGAAACUGAACUGGGCUCAUCACUUAAGUACCUUGACUGCAACAGGUCAGGCUUGGUAUUCUGUUUUGUGUACCUUGCCUCCUGACUCCCCAAAGCCUCUCCACCACCGACAAGGCACGAGUCAGGAAUGUGUUGGAAUACUCCCCACUUACCUGGAUGGAUGCAGCUUUAGCUACACUCAAAUCUUGACACCACCCAGGACAAGACAACUUGCUUCAUUGGUACCACUCCCAUGAACAUUGGCUCCUUCCAACUCAGCUGCUCAGUAGCAGCAGUGUGUAUCACCUGCAGGAUGCACUACAGAAAUUCACCAAGUUCCUUAGACAACAUCUCACAAACCCAAGACCUCUACAAUCUAGAAUGACAAGGAAACAGAUGUGUGGGAACACCACAAUCUGCAAGUUUCUCCUCCAAGUAACUGGCCAUCCUGAACUGGCACUGUAUCAUUGUUCCUUCAGCGUCACUGGGUCAAAUGCUGGACUUCUCUCCCUAACAGGACUGCAGCAGUUUGAGAAGGCUAGCUCGCCACCACCUUCUCAAGGUCUGUUAAAGUUGGGCAAGAUAUGCUGGCUCAGUUAGCAACACCCAAAAGGAUAAUAAAAAGUGAUGGUCUGGCAGAAUUAUAGCAGAAGGAUUAUGCUACAGUGGAUGCAGCCAAGCGGUCAACAUGUUUCACCCUCAGCGGGGUAAGACGUGAAUUUGAAUUUGACAAACCUGGUGUGUUGGAGCAAGUGAAAUAAACUGAAAUUGGCCAAGUUAUUAACAACCCAACUCAGAGCGUUUCCUAUCUCCCCUGUCUCUUACUUGAAGGAGAAGAACCCCGUUGCAUGAAUACAAAUUCAAUCUUUUAAAUUAGAAACAGCCUGAGUUUGGACCUAGAGUUCAUUAAUGCCUCAGACUGGUCAUGCGUAGCAUUAGUUUUGUAGGCUUACUUUAUCGUCUCAUUUCCAGUGAGCUUUUGACUGCUGUUACUGAACUGUUCUGAAAAAGGAAACCCUGCCACAGUAAGAGUUCCAGUUCAAUUUGAGUGGUUUUGGUGGCCUGCUAGUUACAAAAAGGUAGAUAUAAUGGAGCGGGAGGGAGAGAAGGUGGAUUCAGCUGUUCUGCAGUAACGUGUCAGAGAGAGGGCUGGGACACUGCAUUGAUCCUUGACUUCUGUCCCUGCAUCUCUUGAGACCUCCCAACAAAGGGAAUAGCAGUUAUUGUCUAAAGUCAUUGCUGACUUAAAACCUCAGAUGAUCAAACAUGUGGAUGUUUCUGGACAAGUGCCACUUGGUAAUCAGUUAAGACGGUCACUUGCUGCCUAAUUUGUUUCCCUGAAGACUUGUGCCAUCUCUGCAUCAUGCAUGCAGUGUGCUACUUCUUUAGGGCAGGUGCGCAAACCAUGAUCAAACCUUGCAUCUUUUUGAUCGGAUUUUCUGCAGAAUGUGGAAUGUACACCCGUGGCACACGGAUUGCAAACAUGCAUAGCUGCUUGUCUUUCACAGGUAUUGGUGCAACCAAGACAGGUUCUGACACAAACCAAGAAGUCAUAGGUUCCAUCUCUACUUCAUGUAGAGCUAGCUGGUUUUGGGCAGGUACAUGGAGUGGCAUUACUAUAAUCAGCCUGACAUCUGCAGAUAGGAAGUGAGAAACACACCGGGCUUUUCAUCUCCUGACUGCUUUGCAGUGAGUGCAAGGAUCAGAUCUUUGCAGCAAAGUCCCACAGUCAAACAGCAUCACUAAAGAAUGGGUAACUAGAUGAGGUUCAAGAAGCUGAGCCCAGCAACAGACAGGAGGGAUGGAAACUGAGAAAAAAACAAAAACACCAAUCACACGUGACAGCUGAUCGUAAGUGUCACAGCUGAAAACAGAACUAGAAUGUGAUGAAGCAGUUCAAUUUAGCUUUCUUGUCUCUCGAUCUGAUUCUGUUUCUCCUUGGCUGGUAUCUCUGUCUUCUCUUUUAAUGCAAGCAACAUUGAAAUAUUGUAGGCAAAAGCACACUGUGAUUACAUACUUUUUGAAUACGUAAGAAGUAAUUUAUAAAAUUCUGUUUUACCAAAGAGUCUAGGAAGAAAUGUAAGUGCCAAUUAUUCAGCCAAAAUCAGAUUAGUUCUUAUUCAAAAUGCUUGGUUGUUUUCCCAGUAUAUCUAGAAGCUUCUGAAUCAGGAAGCAAUCAUCAGGUUUCAUAUAAAUGAUUUUGAGGGUUACUUUGUGCACUUGUGUUUUAUAUACAAACAAAUGUAUUAAAAUUGUGUAGCUUCUGGUACAUAUUUUAAAUCACAUUCCAGGUAAAUAUUUUUUAAUCAUUACAAUUAAAAGGUACCUCUCAUUUGUAUGUACAUUUAUAAUGUAAAAUUGCAGAUAUAUAUUUAAAAAAGAAAUGGGUCUGUAUUGUACUGAUGGAGCUGUUGCAUUAGAUUUCAGGUCAGUUUAAUAAAUAAAUAAAUAAAAACUCCUGAAUGAGUGCCAUGUACACUGUGGAGGCACCAGCUUGCAGCCUGAAUUUACCUCCCUUAAAAACUGCAAGAUGAUGGAGAGUUUGUCAUCUCUUGGACAGCCUGAUGUUUGAAGCUUUGUUCUUUAAGCCUUCUAGGUCCAACAGCUCUUUUUCUCUUGUGUUCUGUCAGAAGUUGCAUAUGAUGUACAUGAGUGCAUGUUGUAUAAUUUUUAACAAGUUUUUGCCUGUUUCUUACCUGCAUGGCUGCCAGCACUGCAGCUCUUUAUUCCUUCAUCUGAGUACAUUGAUAUGAAUGUGUGGAAUGGUCUAUUUGGCCAUGUUUGACGAAUCAUUUAUUAUGAUUGUAUUCAUUGAAUGUUUACCAAUUUACUUCCCAUUGGGAGGGGAACAGGUUAGAAGCAGUAAAUAAUUGAAAUGCAGGUUGAUCUCCACCCAUCUUACCCAAGGCGAACAGCAAUGCAUAUUACCAGUUAAGAGUCAGUCGUUAAUUUCGCCCCACCCCCCCCACUCCUCCUGGGGAAUCGUGAACAGCUGGAGGUCGUGGCCCAGAUUGAUGCCAGUGAUUUAGGAGCAGGAAGAAGCAGACAUUCUAGUUGAAGAGGAGCAGUUGAAAUAUUAGAUACAAAAUUGACAAAGGGCCCAGAGAAUCGAAUCUUCAUCAGUGUCUGCGAUGAGGGAAUUGAGGGCAUGGUACCUAAAUCCCAGACAACACCAAGAAAAACUGGAAGUUGUGUCGUGAACAAGAUCUGCCUUUCUGGGAGACAUUGCACUGGAUGAAGAAGACUUGAAGUCAUUUAAGGUCGACUGGAUUGUAGAUUUAAAGAAACAUCGAAUCCAGAAGUUUGGGCUGUCUGCAG